AGUGCUUAAAACCUAUCCCUAGUUCAUUUAGUGCAAAUAAUGUCGUUAACGCAGUUAGUUAAACAGCGGGGAACAUUAAAAUGUAAAUCAACCAACUUUAAGACGUUUCUAACGCCAUACUUAUCUAUAGCGACGUUGACUGAUGUACAGGCUAGUGAAAUCGAGUGCCGUCUUAGUAAGAUCGAGGAAAUGUAUACGGUGUUUGAUGAAUUACAGGAGCGGAUUGAAGUAGAAUCGGAGAUCCCCCGGGAGCAAUAUGCUGAGCGUACGGAUUUCGACAACCAGUACUUCGCCAUUCUGGCCAGCGCUCGGGAAUUACUUCGCAAGCGUGGCAAGUUGGAUGCGGAAAGUAAGGUUAUGUCUGAGGCCGGUUCCGGUUCGUGCCAGCAUAAAAAUAAUCUGCUUUGGUGAGAGUCAGCGAUGCCAAGGGCGCUCUGCACGUCGUCCGGAUCAUGCUGGACAACUGCAGCUCGACCAACUUCAUCAGCGAGAGGCUGCGCAAUAAGCUGCAGCUUCCGAUAUCGUUUA